AGGACCUCUGGUUGAGUCCUCCUGUCACGGUUAUCAGCUGGGUGGCCUUGGACAAGUGACUGCGCUCGAGUUUUCUGGGGGUCACCGUGGUGGAUAUAAGGACAAGAUUUUCAGGAGGACGGAUUUUGGUUAUUCAGAUCCGUCUUUGCAUCACAACUCAGCGGUGGUUGGGACCUUCAGGAUGACUCUUCCAGUCACCAGAGUGUCUGGGUAAAUGUAUUUCAAUAGGCAGGAACGAUGCACAGGAUUUCGAUGAGUCAGGAGGCUGAACAGCAAUUUGGAUUUGUGGCUGCCCUGUGUCCUGAAUUGCCCCGUGGCCCUUAUCGAAGCUGCAGCUGCUUCCACAUAGCUGCUGUGGUCAAAAAGGAGCCCAGAGUGACAGUUUUCCUUGACGGUCGCCGUUCUGUUUGUUGUAACUGAUCUGCAACAUUUUGGGAAAAUACAAUUCUAUUGUCCCUGCCAUUUCUCGGGUAUAGCCAGAAAUCUUUAUUAGAAUUGGCUGUUUCCACACUAGCAGAAAGGUGGGGUCUUACGCGGACAGUUAACCAGAGUAAGGCUUUUGGGAAGUACUUUGCCCAGGCCAAGAACCAAUAGGGAAAGGUAGUUGGGAGUGGAUUGGACAUGCGUACAGGGGAAAUCAGUGGCAUGUGACACACAUAGCAAUGCACUGGGUCACUUACCCAAAAAGCUUAAGGCAUCAGUAUCACGAUCAAAGGCCAGUCAGACCUUUAUGUUUCUGAGGACCGAAUGACGGGAACAAUGAGGUCGUUCAAGAUAAUUGUGUUCUCAUUUUAGUUGUGCCCGAUGAAGAUUCCAGGAUGACUGAAGUUGAUUUUCUUGGGGAGUGAGGACUCCAGAGGUCAUGACAGUGAUGAGACAGAACAAUCUUGGGACACCUGGGUUGCCCCUGAGCUUCCCAGCAGUAUCUGAUACUGAAGAGAGCAUGUUUCCCGGGCUGUGCUUUAAGGUUAGCAGUAAAGCUGUCCUCACCUGUGAUUAUGGAGCUAGUGAGUCGGGAGAAUUGCUGUGGGAAGAGGCAGACAAAAAGACCACAGGAUAUUUCAGGUGGAAACUGAACUCCAAGCACAGAACCUUUUUUUUUUCUGCUAAUGUAUCUGAUGUUGUUGAACUAUAUGGAUGAUCAAUAAAAGACUCUGGAAGUA